AUGGGGACAUGCAUUUCCCUUCAGAGGUACACCACCAAACCUGAGCUGAAGCUAAGGUUGUCUCGGGAAGGCAACAUAUUUGACAAGUACCAUGUGGGCAAAGAGCUUGGGAGAGGGGAGUUUGGGGUGACGUACCAAUGUUUUGACAAUGUGAAAGGUGAGUGGGUUGCAUGCAAGAAGAUCUCUAAGAGCAAGCUUAGGACGGAGAUUGACAUGGAGGAUGUAAAGAGAGAGGUUGAGAUCAUGCGCCAUUUGCCCCCACAUCCAAACAUCGUAACAUACAAAGAGGUGUUUGAGGACAAUGAAGCUGUGUACCUCGUCAUGGAGCUCUGUCAGGGAGGGGAAUUGUUCGAUAGAAUAGUUGCAAGAGGGCAUUACACGGAAAGGGCAGCUGCCCACGUUUGCCAUGAACAUGGAGUCAUACAUAGAGAUCUAAAGCCAGAGAAUUUUUUGUACGCUAAUGAUUCUGAAAAUGCUCCCCUAAAGGCAAUUGAUUUUGGGCUUUCUAUAUUCUUCCAACCAGGUCAACUAUUUAGUGAAAUCGUUGGGAGCCCUUAUUACAUGGCCCCUGAGCUUCUUAGGCGCAAUUAUGGUCCAGAAAUUGAUGUUUGGAGUGCUGGUGUUAUUCUCUACAUUUUAUUAUGUGGAGUUCCUCCUUUUUGGGCAGAAACUGAAGAAGGAAUUGCACAGGCAAUUGUGCAUGGUGAGAUAGAUUUUCAAAGGGAUCCAUGGCCUAGAAUCAGCGAGGAUGCCAAGGAUCUUGUCCGAGGCAUGCUUCAGCAAAAUCCUUACACCCGCCUAACUGUUGAAGAAGUCCUUCAAAGCCAAUGGAUACAAAGGGCUGACAAAGUUCCAGAUAUUUCUUUAGGAGAAGGUGUUAUAACAAGAAUUAAGCAAUUCUCGUUGAUGAAUAAAUUUAAGAAAAGGGUCCUUAGUGUGGUGGCAGAUAACUUGCCUGAUGAGCAAGUAGAUGGGAUAAAAGAAAUGUUCAAUAUGAUGGACACAGACAAGAAUGGGAAUUUAAAUUUUCAAGAGUUGAAAGAUGGGCUAUAU